AUGGAAUUUCUCAAACAAACAAAACUCAUCCAACCACCUCCAGGUACUGACCCGCUGCAGGUGCGGCCGGGGAACACCAAAUACCUUUACGCCGUGACUGUAUUUGUCUCACUUGGUGCAUUUCUAUUUGGAUAUGACCAAGGUGUGAUGGGCGUUAUUGUCGCCGAUCAACGAUGGAUUGAUCUGAUGCACCCAAAGAACUCAUGGGUUACUGGGACAGUAGUUUCGCUCUUUGAUGUUGGAUGCUUCAUCGGAGCCAUGUCUCUUGGAUAUCUGGCAGAUCCUAUCGGCCGUGAGAGGACGCUCUCCGUCGCGUGCUUUGUCUUUGUUAUUGGUGCAGUGCUGCAAGCUACAUCAUACACGAUCGCGCAGAUUAUUAUUGGCCGAGUGAUUUUAGGAUACGGAGUUGGAGCAUGUGCAGGAGGUGUUCCACUCUACGUUGCUGAACUGUCUCCUCCCGCAAUCCGCGGUCGAAUCGUGGCAAUUGAACAGAUGAUUCUAUGUUUUGGAGAACUGGUAGCCUUUUGGCUCAACUAUGGAUUCAAUUUUCUCCAGAUUGACGGCUGGUGGCGUAUCCCGCUAGCAAUCCAGAUCCUUCCAGCAGUCAUCCUGGGGGUAGGAUGCUGGUUCUGGGUGCCACCAAGUCCACGUUGGCUAGCUAGUCAAGACCGUCACGAAUGUGCACGAGAGGUUCUCACUCGACUGCAUGGGUCCGAGGUAGCAGAGCUCGAGAUGCAAGAGAUCCAAUCUUCGAUCGAGUUUGAGCAUACCGUCACAGAAGCUAGCUGGAAGGACAUGUUUACGUCACCUGUGCUACGAGUGACAAUGCUAGGAAUGGCUGUACAAUUCUUCCAGCAGAUCACCGGGACUAAUUCUAUUCUCUACUACACACCAUCUCUAUUUGAACGUGGUGGCAUCAAGGAUCCUCAAACAGCCAAUCUUGCCACUGGCGGGGUAGGCAUCGUACUCUUUGUCUUUUCAUGGGUGCCAAUCUUCUUCUUUGACCGACUGGGCCGGAAAACUUGGCUUCAGAUCGGUACUGUCGGAAUGAUGGGGGCUAUGAUUGGUAUCACGGUGCUUCAAUGGCAUGCCGAACAUAACCCGGGCGACGCAGCUAACUACACGAUUAUCAUAUUCCCUUAUUUAUUCUAUGUUUUCUUCAACAUUAGCUGGGGUGUCGGAUCUUGGACGUACGCAGCUGAAAUCUUCCCUGUCUCCAUGCGCGCCAAGGGCAAUGCAUUGACUACAGCUUCAUUGUGGGCAGCAUGUUAUAUUGUUGCCCAAGCAAGUCCACCUAUCGCAGACGCUAUCGGUUGGGGAUUGUACAUUAUCUACUCGGGGAUUUGUGUUAUCGCUUUCUUCUUUGUUCGAUAUGCUAUGGUUGAAACACGAGGUCGAACCCUGGAAGAAAUGUCUCGACUCUUUGGAAUUGAGAGCCAUUUGGCGGGACGAGUGGGUGCUAAGACCACCGCGGCGAAGGACCCUACCGAGGAGCAUAUUGAGGAUAUGGGGUCGUCUAGUCGGUAG